AUGGUUGGUUUUCCGCCGAGUCGUGCUUUGGUGAGGGUGGGAGGAACUGGGAAUAGAGUCAUCUCCAAGAGACUGGCAGGCACGAUAACACAAGAUGCCGACUCCAAGGAACGCAUCGUGGUGCUCGGAUCCGGAUGGGCCGGUUACGCCCUCGCCCGGACAAUCAACCCCUCAAAAGCCUCACGGAUCCUCAUCUCUCCUCGUUCCCACUUUGUUUUCACUCCCCUCAUCGCCUCCACGGCCGUUGGCACGCUCGAGUUUAGAGCUGCCGUCGAGCCAUGCCGCAAGUUGGGACUGACAGAGUUCCACCAGGCGUGGGCGUCAGACAUUGACUUUGCGGCAAAGACCAUCACUGUUGAGGCUAACCAGCGUGAUGGUGUCACGGCCCGUACGGGGAAGGAUCUGCUCAAGGGUCUCGAGUUCCAGGUGCCGUAUGACAAGCUCGUUGUGGCUGUUGGGUGUUACAGUCAGACAUUUGGCGUCGAAGGUGUCAAAGAGCACGCUUGCUUCCUAAGAGAUGCUACAGACGCCAGAACUGUACGUCUCAAGGUUCUGCAAAAGUUUGAGCAGGCGGCUCUGCCAAGUGCCAGCGAUGUUCAGAGGAAGCGUCUGCUACACUUUGCCGUCGUGGGUGGAGGUCCUACGGGUAUUGAGUUUGCAGCAGAGUUGCACGACCUUAUUCAUGAGGAUUUGGCAAAGAUGUAUCCAGAGUUGAUGGAGCAUGUGGCCAUCACCAUCUACGACAUUGCGCCCAAGGUCCUGCCCAUGUUUGAUCGCAACUUGGCGGCAUAUGCGACAAACAUGUUUAGCCGCAGGGGUAUCCGUGUCAAGACGGAGCAUCACCUUCAGCGCAUUCGACAGGACGACGACGUGCUACUCAUGAAGAUUAAGGAAGAGCCAGAGGAGGUGGCAGCUGGUGUUGUCGUCUGGAGUACUGGUCUCAUGCAGAAUCCCCUGGUAGGGAGACUGGUCGGCCAGGAGGUCAAGGGCGCAGGCAAGAUCGCCAAGGACAGCAAGACGGGCGGUAUCAAGGUGGACGAGCAUCUCCGCGUGCAAGUCGAAUCCCAAGACAACAACGGAAACACCAUCACAAAGUCCCUCCCAGACGUCUACGCCAUCGGCGACUGCGCCGUAGUCCAAGGCCGAUCGUUCCCAGCAACAGCCCAAGUAGCCAGCCAGCAGGCCACGUACCUCGGUAAGCGCUUCAACGCGGGCACUUCAUCUCAGGGAGCUCCCACGGCGCCGUUCCACUUUCGCAACUGGGGAACUAUGGCUUACCUCGGCGGAUGGAGAGCCAUCCACCAGAAGGGCGCCGACGAGCUCAAGGGCAGAGCUGCGUGGAUCCUCUGGCGGACUGCGUAUCUGACCAAGAGCAUGAGUCUGAAGAACAAGAUCAUGAUUCCGUUUUACUGGUUGAUUACUUGGAUCUUUGGACGGGAUAUCUCGAGGUUUUAA